AUGGCUUACGAACCAGAGGCAUGUACCAUCAUCACUAUUGUGCUUGCUGCUGUUGCGUGGGCCUCCAUUCUCUUGCGUUAUCUUGUUCGCAUUCAUAUAUCCCACAACUUCUCCUGUGAUGAUAUCGUCGCCCUCUGUGCUGUUAUAGUCCUCACUCCACUAUCAAUAGUCUACUGCAUUGCGUCAUUACGAUACGGUCUGGGGAGCGAUAUUAGUGAGCACAGUCCUAGGACACUGCUACGGAAAAUGAAGUACGGGCUCGCUGCACAGCUACUCUAUUUUCCCGCAACUUAUAUCAUCAAAUUGUCAUUUGCCUUAACGCUCUCACGCGUGGUUCCCAGCCGUGGCUAUGUGUACAGCCUUUACCUCCUGGGUGGCAUUGGCCUAGUCUGCACCAUCUUUGCUUGUUUCUGGAUAGUAUUUUUCUGCACCCCAACUCCUUUCGCUUGGGAUGAAAUAACAUACCUAACCAGUGAUUAUGGUUGCAAAGGCAUUUCCUCCUAUAUCGCUUUAUCCUUGAGCCACGCAACAUGGGUGCUCAUUGCAGAUGUCACUCUGGGGUGUGUUAUUCCUGUCUUACUCUUGCGGGGAGCUCUCAUGUCUCGAAUGACCAAGUUCACUGUCUAUAUAUUGCUCGGUGCCGGGUCAGUGGCUAGCCUCGCCACGGUUAUGCGUAUGGUCUACACACCAAUGGUGUCUAUAUCCGGCCCCCAAGUUGCAACCAACCGCGUUAUUCUGUGGUCAAUCGUUGAGGCCUCAAUCAGCAUCAUAGCCACCUCUGCCUCCACCUGGAAGCCGCUCAUCGUCCGCUUCUGCUUCAACAGCAGCGGCUCGUCUAUUGACAGUGAUGCCUUCUCACGAUGUAUCGGUCACCCUCUUGACAAUCGAAAUGUCUCGUGGCCGACAACUCCCGGGACUACUGAAUCUGCCGUGCGGCGACCCUGCACCAGUGACGAUGCCAAUUUUGCCGGCAUGAAAUCUUCGAGAGAAGGGCAUGAUAGUUAUUUUGAGUAAAGCAUGG